UAAAUGACAUAGAAGAAGGAAGCUUCUGCUUGCUGUCUCUAUAGUUGGGAAGUACAUUUUUUUCACUGUUAGUAGAUCCUACUUCUUUGGAAUUCUGUUAUCCUGAAGACCAGCUGGUGUAUACAGACAUCCAGCCUAAUGACCUGAAUAAGUACUAGACCUUCCACUGCUGGAUUAAUAGUCUAUGUGUGGUUGGUGAUUUGUCUCCCGAUGCAGAGCCUCUUGUACCCUUGGCACAGGCAGGUCCUGAGCUGUAGUUGGAGUAGAUUGUGCCUUCUAAAGCGAUACCUAUUUACAAUGAAGUUGCAGUCUCCAGAAUUCCAGUCACUUUUCACAGAAGGAUUGAAGAGCCUGACAGAAUUAUUUGCCAAAGAGAAUCAUGAAUUAAGAAUAGCAGGAGGGGCGGUGAGAGAUUUACUAAAUGGGGUGAAGCCUCAGGAUGUGGAUUUCGCCACCACUGCCACCCCUACUGAGAUGAAGGAGAUGUUCCAGGCGGCUGGCAUUCGCAUGAUAAACAACAAAGGCGAGAAGCAUGGGACCAUCACUGCCAGGCUUCAUGAAGAAAAUUUUGAGGUUACUACACUCCGGAUUGAUGUUAGCACUGACGGAAGACAUGCGGAGGUAGAGUUCACAACUGACUGGCAGAAGGAUGCCGAACGAAGAGACCUCACUAUAAACUCCAUGUUUCUAGGUUUUGAUGGUACACUGUUUGAUUACUUUAAUGGUUAUGCAGAUUUAAAGAAUAAAAAGGUUCGAUUUGUUGGACACGCUAAGCAGAGAAUUCAGGAAGAUUAUCUUCGAAUUUUAAGGUAUUUCAGAUUUUAUGGCAGAAUUGUCGACAAACCCGGUGACCAUGACCGUGAGACUCUAGAAGCAAUUGCAGAAAAUGCCAAAGGCUUGGCUGGAAUAUCAGGAGAGAGGAUUUGGGUAGAACUGAAGAAAAUUCUUACUGGUGACCAUGUAAACCAUUUGAUCCACCUGAUCUAUGAUCUUGAUGUGGCUUCUCACAUAGGUUUACCUGCUAAUGCAAAUUUAGAAGAAUUUAACAAAGUCAGUAAAAAUGUUGAAGGCUUUUCACCGAAACCAAUGACUGUUUUGGCCUCUUUAUUCAAAGUACAAGAUGAUGUCACAAAACUGGAUUUGAGAUUGAAAAUUUCAAAAGAGGAGAAAAAUCUGGGUUUAUUUAUAGUUAAAAACAGGAAAGAUUUGAUUAAAGCAACAGAUAGUUCAGAACCAUUGAAACCAUAUCAAGACUUUGUUAUAGAUUCUAGGGAACCGGAUGCAACUGCCCGUGUUUGUGAGCUGCUGAAGUACCAAGGAGAGCAUGCUCUUCUCAAGGAGAUGCAGCAGUGGUCUGUGCCGCCAUUCCCUGUGAGUGGACACGACAUCAGAAAAGUGGGCAUUUCUUCAGGGAAGGAAAUUGGGGCCCUGUUACAGCAGUUGCGUGAACAGUGGAAGAAAAGUGGUUACCAAAUGGAAAAAGAUGAACUACUAAGUUACAUAAAGAAGACAUAAAAAACGAGCUCCGUAUAAAACAGUGGGAAGUCUUGACGCUUCGUUUAACACUAAAUGAAGAGUCAACAAAAAAAGUAAACAGCCGUAUUACCCGGGAAACCAGCUGUGCACUGUAGAAGGCCGGCCUAUCAGAUUCAGGUUGGAAGCUUUAUACACAGUCAGUGUCUCAUGUACAUAUCCAUGGGGAUUCACAUAUGCUGCCAUUGGACCACAUAAGGAUAAGCUACAAACAAAGAAACAAUGUGGAGAAUAAGACAAAAGAAAAAUAGUAAUUCCAGAUUUUUACUUAUUUGGGAUAUAAGUUAUACUUUUUAACCUUUGAAUUUUAGGUAUUAUACAGUACUUUGUGCAAAAUGUAAGACCAGUACAGGAGGUUGGCAGAUAUUCUGUUGGCUUGCAAAUGUUCUUUGAUGAUUCAAAGGGAAAUAUUCUAGUGUUUAUGAAGCCUAGUGAGGUCACGUUUUUAUCUUUGGACAAUUAGCUACUUUCCCCAGAUGUCAGUUUCCUUAACUAAGUGUUAUGUUUAACAGCAUUGGCACAAGUUCGAGACCCACUCAAUUUUGGUCCUGUGUGAAUUGUUAUGUGAAUUGAAGCAUUCACGUUUGCUUGAAGAUGGCUAUCUCUAAAUAUAAAUUGAGGGGAAAUGUUAUAUAGACAUUAGAGAUGUUUCCAGGCUGGAAGGUGGCCUCCCUGUGUUUAUGUGCUUUACUGAGGAUAUUACAUCCUCACUGGAGGAAAUAUGGAAAGUGGAACCACAGAUUCUGAAAGGGAAGAUGGAGAUAUAUUGAGACAGAUUAAAAUGCAAUAAAGAUCUUACCUAAAUA